AGAUAAAAUAAUAUGUAACUAUACCAUCCAUUGAAGCAGAGUUCUGCGUAUACUGUGUGUAUUGAAUUUGAAUUCGAAUUCAAUGGAUGAUUGAAGAAGAAGAAGAUGCUGAACUGAUUGAUAAACGGAAAGGAGACAAGUAGAGUACAAUUAUGCGAUCUCUCUGCGAUUCUUGCGAAAGCGCUGAGGCGAUCGUUUUCUGCGCGGCCGACGAGGCAGCGCUUUGCCGUUCUUGCGACGAAAAGAUUCACUUGUGUAACAAGCUUGCAAAUCGUCAUGUGCGUGUAGGGCUUGCAGACCCUUGUGAUGUUCCACGUUGUGACAUAUGUGAAAAAGCACCCGCUUUCUUCUAUUGUGAAGUUGAUGGAAGUUCCCUAUGCAUGCAAUGCGAUAUGACUGUACACGUUGGAGGUAAACGAACACAUGGAAGGUAUCUUCUACUAAGGCAAAGAGUUGAGUUUCCAGUGGAUAAACCUGGUCGUUUGGACGAGCUCGGUUUGAAACCACCCGAUGAUCCACAUGAGCCAGUGAGGCUUCCAAAUCAACCACCUAGGCCCCCAGUGGUGCAAAACCAUCAAAAUCACAGGAUAGCUCCUAUUGUUGAUGGCAAGUUGGAAAACGAAAGAUUUGAUCUCAAUACCAAGCCUCAACAAAUGACUGGGCAAAGUUCAAAUAACCAGACUACAAAUGCUAUUGGUUCAGCUUUUCAUGAAUCUGCUGGCAUGGCUCCUGUUGGAUCUUUCAUAAGAGAACCUGAGAAAUGAUGGUGAAAACCUUAUAUUAAUACCAGUUAUUAUAUGACAUUUUAGUCAGAUUGAAACUUAAAUUCCAAGACUACAGGAAAGAACGAAUCGAUGACUCUUGAAUGAAAGAUAUGUUGAUAUAUUGUCACGUUUUUUGGGCAGUUCAGACUCGCGACCUUUGAUAUUCAACAGGUUGCUUGUUAUUAUCAUAGUUCCUGUCCCUCCUUUUGUUAAAAUUAAUGGUAUGGAUAGUUAUUAUUGUACUGAGAAACAUAUCUGGAAAUAUGAUUUAUUUGCUGAUUGUUUCCCUGCUUUACAAAUGUUGUUUCAAUAUUACUCUUGAAUUAAUGUUAAUAAGAAUUCUCUGUGUCAUAUGACAUCUUUUUAAUUAUUAUUCUCUUCAAAUAA